AGUGCCCUCCAAAACCCAGAAACUUGUUUGCAUUUUGAUGAGAAGAAAAUGAAGGCAGAGGCAGCAGCAGCAACCUUCAACAAUCCCAUUCGGCCCCUCCCAUCCAAUCUCAACUCAUCACCCAUUUCCCGCCAAAUCAACUUCCCUUACCAAAGGUGUCUACUUGGUCGAUAUAAUUCCGUCAAAGGCUUGCAGUUGUACAGCAAUGGGUCUCUACAGUAUACUGGUGUAGUAGUUUGUGCUGUCAAUGGAGGUGGGAGAGGGUAUGUAUCUUCGUGGGACGACAAACCAUAUGAAUAUCUUCCAACUGGGAGAAAAUCUUACUUGGAUGAGCAAGACAUUGUCACAUUUCUUGACCCUCCUAAGGACUUGAUUCCUCUGGACUCGGCUUCUUACAAUCCUGCUGCAUAUCUUUGGAAAAAAAUUGAUGAUAUUCCCCCAGAAAGGCGUCAUCGACUGCUGCGAUUGCUAGAACCUAGGCUCAUAUCAAGAGCUUGGGAGAUAGCUGGCACAAGAUAUGAGGAUCCCAACUUAGCCAAGAGAAGUGCAUCUAAAUUGUUGUCCAAUGAAGAUGGUGCAAUUUCUCUUGAAUAUUAUAAUUGCCGAACAAAUGGAGGACCAAUGCCCAUUUCUUGGAUAAACUCUUUCAAGAAGGCAAUUUUUUCUCGGAAGGACGGGGAGAUUUAUGGACGAUUUAUUGGUGGAUCAUUUGUUACUGGACUUGCAAAUUCCUUUAGUCCAUUGUACUUCGUAGUGAGACAGCUUAAGGAAGUAAUGCCAACUGAACAACCUUGUGAUCUAGCAUAUGAAUUUGGAGAUGGGCUGUUUGAUCUCCAUGAAUACCCAGAGGGUUUUCCAAAACCAGUCAAGCAUCCAUAUCCUUUCAACGAUCAAGUGGUUGUAUAUGUUCGUCAUCUGGGACCGGGUGUUUCAGUAGGGCAAGCAUGGCAAGAAGGAAAAGAAUUACAACAGGUACCACAAAAGUUAUGCAGCGAGAUUCUGAUGGUGAAAGAUUAUUCUGCUCUUAGAGAAAAUCAGUAAUCGUUCUCAUGAGGAUCAUAUUUUAGAAAAGGUGAAUGACUAUGCUGUAAUCAAUUGUAGCUGGGGAGCUCAUGUUGUAGGGUGUUUGGAAAACAAGUACAGAAGGGGUAGGGAUCAGGAGAAGAUCAAUUCCUGUUAGUGUAAGCCAACAGCAAGUGAUUCAAAUUAA